AAUUUAUUUUAUAUUUUAAUAAUAUUUUAUGUAGAGGAAAGAAGGAAAUUGUGGAAUACCAUUUUGUUUUUUGACAAUAACUCACGUUAGUAAAUAUUAACACGACAAUUCUAACUAAUGUCAGUUUAUUAGCCAUAGAGUUCUACCAAUCACUCCUGCUUAAAAAAGUGGAUAAGAAUGGAAAGUGUUAUGUACAUGGUAGAUCUAUAAAAGCCGCGCGAGAGUAUGAGCGCCACGUGUAUGUACAGACUACGUGGCGCUGUGGUAGGGAGAGACGUGCGCGCGUAUGCGUGCGGAUCGGAGCCUCUCCGUCCGAGGAGCUGGAGCAGGAAGCACGCGGUCGAGGUUUAGGCUGUGCCCUCCCUUCCGCGCUGGUAUAUCGAGUAUUGCCCUAAAAUACAUACUCACUACUAGGCAUAAUCGUUAUAUGUUAAUACGGAUUAUAACAAAAAUGGCUCAUUCUAAUCUAACGGAAUAUAUGAUGAAGGAGAAAAUACAGCUUUUAGCAAUAUGGCCAAGUAUUGUUGAAGACCUCACGGAUUCAAGGAUAGACAAUGAUAUCCUUAACAGACAUAUGACAAAAGUAUUAGAAUAUAAUGUGCCAGGAGGAAAACAAUUUAGAGCAUUAAUUUUAAUACAUGCAUAUCAGUUAUUGGCAAAUGAACAACCCACAAAAGAAAAUAUUCGUCUAGCACGGAUUUUAGCAUGGUGUGGGGAACUGAUUCAAGCUGCUGGUCUCAUGAUUGACGAUAUUCAAGACAAAUCAGUACUUCAUCGAGGACAACCAUGUUGGUAUCUAAACGAUAAUGUAGGGUUGUCGGUAAUAACUGAUGCUCUAAAAUUGAAAAAUUCUGUAUAUUAUAUCUUACAAAAGUAUUUCAAAGGGAAAACCUGCUAUGUUAAUCUACUAGAAACAUUCCAUAAUAUCAUAUUAAAAACAUUAGAUGGCCAAAUAUUAGAUCUACAGUUGUCUAAAAAUUUUAGCAAGAAGCUAAAUCUGAACUUAUUCACAAUGGAUCAAUACAAGUGUAUUGUCAGGAACAAAACGUCGUAUUAUUCAUUUGUUUGUCCAGUAUUCCUAGCAAUGAAUUUAGCUGGAAUAAAAGACCCAGAAAAGUUUAAGCAAGCAGAAACGAUUUUAUUGGAAAUUGGACAUUUAUUCCAAGUCCAAGAUGACUUUUUGGAUUUCUUUGGAGAUUCAGAAGCCAUUGGCAAAGAUAGCACUGAUAUACAGCAAGGAAAAUGUACGUGGUUUAUCGUAAUGGCUCUUCAACGCGCGACUCCGGAACAGCGUGAAAUUUUAGAAGUGAGUACCAUUGGUUUAAUGCACUAUUUCAUCACUCUGUUAUAUAAAUUCUUUUCUUUCUUUACGCAGGAGUGUUACGGAUUUUCGGAUCCGGAAAAGGUUAAAUGCGUGAAACAACUGUUUAACGAUUUAGAUUUACAUAAAGUAUGUAUAUCGUACACAGAACAGGCAUUUAAUCUAUUACGUGAACGUAUACAGGAAAUGUCAUGUGGGCUCCCGCAUUGUUUUUUCUUGGACAUAUUAAACAUACUUUAUCGCAGAAGAUCAUAAAACAAUCGUGUAUAUUAAAGAAAGAGAAAAAUAUGUUAAUAUUUUAUCAAUGUAUAUUUUAUAUAUACAUAUACAAUAUAGAUACUUAUGGAGGAUAGCAUCCGAGCAUGCAUGCAAAAUUUCAAAUUCUACAUUCUUUUUUCUUUAAAAAACUCGAUAUCAAUUUAUAUAAAUUUCUGCGGCGCUCUGGUGGGAUCACCAUAGAUUGAUAGACUGAGUCAAAGAUAAAGCCUAAAUAUCUGCACUUUUGUGAGGGUAAAAGUUGAGAUUUAGAGUAAUUAAUAAAGAGUCCCAGCGAGGAUAACAAUUCAAUUGAGGCGUCUAGAUUAUCUAGACAGUCUUUUUUUGAAGAGCCUGUAAUCAGAAGAUCAUCCAAAUAGAUGACUGAACAGUAUCCUUUUGCCUUUAGAUGGGCAACUACUGGACGUAGAAUUUUUGUGAAAAUGAAAGGGGCUGUAAAUAAGCUAAAAGGGAGAAAUGUAAAUUCGUAAGUUCUUCUUCGCUAUUGGAAGCGGAGAAAAUGACGAUAUUUUUGAGCUACAGAGACUAGCAGAUAAGCGUCUUCUAGAUUAAAACUCAUCCAGGAAUCCUGGAUCAUAAGUUAGACUACUGUACGCCAGUCUUCUAGCUAAAACUGCUGUGGACAAAGGAAGGUAUUGGUAUUGAGGUUCUUAAGGUUCAGUAUAAACCUCAUCCCUCCUGACGAUUUUUUGAUUAAGAAACUCUUUGAUUAAGAAAAAAUUGGACAAAAAUUGAUUUUCAGAUAAAGAUGUAGCCACUAUAGCUCCUUUAUCUACUAGUCGCAAAAUUUCCUUGUCGCAUAAUUCCGCCAUAGCGGAUAAGAAGUUGGGUUCCUGCAAAUAUGCGUGGGGAGGUAGGGGGUAAGUAAACGGAAUGUG